CACCUCAUAUAUUCUUUCAGCCUCUCUCCUUUUCCCCAUCUGCUGCUUGUGCAGAAGCCCGAUAAUAUUCUCUCGGUAUACUUAUUGCGUCUCAAUUCCCGCUGCCCUACAUGCAAUCGUCCUAGAAACGCCCGAGUCUGCUCCCCAUCCUCAUACGCCUGCGUGUCCUCUUCUGUCAUAAGGCAUCUGGCCAAAUACUUUGACCAGCCCCCAAUCCGCCCCCAAAACCCCUAUAUUCUCCCAGACACUGUCUGGCACCCAGUUGCACGCGGCCAACUUCCCAAGUCGUCAUCUUCAUCAAUCUCACCUUUUAAGGCUAUAUACAUUAACACGCAAUGGCUGCACCCACCGCUUUGAACCUACCCGUGGCCAAUGGCACCUUGACUGAGCUCUCUGCCGCCCAGAAGCUCAUGCAGAAGCAUGAGGCACACAACCCCACCAUAGAGGAGAUCGCAGACGAGGAGGAUGUCAUUAAGCACGGCGAGGCCCCGAAGUCCACCAGCGUCUUAGAAGCUGUCGACGACACCGAAGAAGCAGUUCCCACAUGGGCCCCAACCGCAUCAGCAAAGGCCGCCGGAAAGCAAAAGGCCACUGAGCAACCCGCGAAAGAGAAGGCUGGCCUGGACACACGCUCGCACGAGUUAUUCCCAGAAUUAGAAGGUGGCAAGUCCCAGAAUGCGCCCUCGGUGGCAUCUAUCUGGAACGGAAAGAAGCCAGCCAUUGUCAGCUCUACGGGCACCAAUGGCACCAAUGGGUCGACUUCACACGAGGGCGGCGGAUUGGCCCCAACAUCAGGCGCUGCGACACCAACCUCUUCGUCUACCCCAUCCAGCGGACCUGGCAACUUCUCUAUCCCAGGAAGGCAUUCGGAGCGAAUCUGUCUCGCGCCGAACCAGCUCCUCCCCAGGAGCCAGAUGAAGAGGCCUUUGGCCGACGUCCUAAAGGAUAUCAACAGGAAGUCCAAGGCGAUUGUGACCGUCACCACAGGAAAUGCUGGCCUGCUUUGGUUCAGCGCCGUUGGACCCCAGGAUGCCUGCAGGCAAGCCCUCAAGGACGUUGUUGAGCAAAUUGGCGCCAAGCAGUCUAUUCAGGUCCCAAUUCCUCGUUCUGCGAGAGCACAUAUCAUUGGCAAGGGGGGGUCGGUGAUUAAGGCUCUGCAAGAGAAGACGGGUGCCCGUAUCCAGAUGCCAAAGGUUGACCCAUCGGCAGCGCCAGUCGAUGAAGAUGACGAUGAUGCGACCGUCGACAUCCUCAUUGAGGGUAAUGCUCUCGCUGCCCAGAUGGCCAGGCACGAGGUUGAGAAGAUCGCCGGCGAGCGCACAGCUACUGUUACGCACAGGAUGCGUGGAAUCCCUGCUGAGCUUUACCCCUUUAUUGCCGGGCCAAACAAUACUGGAAUCAGCAGCCUUGAGGAAGGCAGGAACCUCCGUGCACAUAUCCCAGCGCAUCACACAUGGAGGACCCAGCCCCCACCACAGCCUACUAACGCGGGGGAGCCAUUAAACUUCCUCCCUCCGGCACCAAACAACCACAUCACACUUGCAGGAGACAGGUUAGCUGUUCAACAGGCCAGAGCUUUUAUUGAGCAGCAGGCCCAGGAGCUUCGCAGGCAAUUGGCUAUCGAACAACUCGCGAUCAACAAGGGACGUCACCAGUUCAUUGUUGGAGACCGCGGUAUCCCUGUUCAGCAAUUCUUGGCUGACACCGGAUGCGCGAUUAUCCUGCCUGAGGAUUCCGAGGAUGAGACGAUCACCAUUAUUGGACCCUCCGACCGUCUGCAAUCGGGUGUCGAUAAGGCCAUGGACUUAGCCUCUAGCAUGCACUCCACCAAUGUUGAUAUCUCCAGACAGCACCGCAAUGCUCCUGAAGGCGCCAUCGCACACGCGAGAAACGUCACCAGGUACUUGCAGCGCCGCAAGGAGAUCGAGCGCCUCGAGAGGCAGCACGAUGCCCACAUCGUGACCCAACUUCUCCGGGAUGGUGUGGCUCCUUGGGAGCUGUACUCCCGUGACGGAAAGAACACUAUCCGCGCACAGUCUGAGAUCACCAGCAUCGUGAACGGCCACCCUCCAUCGCGUAUGGCGAACGUACCUGUAGACCCAUUUUUCCACCAGCACUUGCGUUCCGAGGUCGUACCCAAGGUUCAGGAGGAGUUCGGUGUUUACACUGUUAUCCCGGAUGAUAGAGACUCUACCUCCCCCGUCCUACUCGUUUUUGAGGGCCCGUCAGGAACAGACCAGGAGUACCAGGUUCCCCGUACCCAGCCUUCACCUGCUGAGAUCCAGGCCUUCCAGCAGAGCCUCCAGGAGGCCAGGGACUACAUCUUGAACAUCGUCAGUGGACAAGAGGAAAUUAAGACCGGGUCUGUCGACGUGCCAUUCAAGUUCCACGAUGGACUAAAGAAAUUCAUCAAGAAGGAGCAAGCGGCUCGCCCAUCGGACCAAAUCCCCGUUCGUGUCAACGCAACCGGCAGCAUCGUCAACCUCCGUGGACCAGCUUCGUCAGUUGACGACCUCGUGGCCAAGAUCAAUGACUUCGUCGUCCAAGAGAUCUCGGACGAGAAGGAGCGCGGCUUCACCAUGGGCUUUGACUUCCCACAGAAGUAUGCCAACCAGCUCAUCGGCAAGGGCGGCAGCAACAUCCGCGAGCUGCGCGACAAGUUCGACGUCGAGAUCCAGGUUGAUGACGGGAAGGUCGUGCUUAAGGGCCCCAAGGCCAAGGCCGAGGCCGCCAAGUCGCACAUCGAGAAGCUCGGCAAGCAAUGGGCGGAUGAGUCUACCCACAUCCUGAAGGUCGAGCCGAAGUACCACAGGGAGCUCAUCGGAGCCCAGGGUAACCAGAUCAACAAGCUCCAGACCAGGUACAAGGUUCAGAUCCACUUCCCGAAAUCCGCUCGCCCUGCCAGGGAUGACCAGUCUGAGACUGCCGCCAGCGAGGCUACCGCGCCAAGAGCGGGACGUCGCCAGCAGCCGGAGGAUGAGGUUAUCGUCAGGGGUCCAUCCAAGGGUGCUGGUGAGGCCCGCGACGAGAUCCUCUCGCUCCUCCAGUACCUGAAGGAUAACUCGUUCUCUGCCACCGUCAACGUGCAACAGAGCCAGGUUCCAUCGCUCAUUGGCCAAGGCGGAAAGGCACUGGAUGAGCUUCGUGAGCUCACCGGCGCAAAGAUCGAUGUCCCCGGAUCCCGCGACGCGAAGAGCGCAACUGGUCUUGUUGAGAUCCAGGUUAAGGGCACUAAGAGCCAGGUUGCCGCUGCUAAGAAGCUGAUCGAAGAGAAGAAGGCUGUCUUUGAUGACACAGUCUCUAAGACUGUUGAGAUCGAGAAGAAGCACCACCGUACCCUGAUCGGUGCAGGAGGCUCCAACCUCCGCGACAUCAUUGUCAAGGCCGGUGGCUCCGACGACCGUCGCGAACUCGCACGCACAGUGCAGUUCCCACGCGCCGAGGAGGACGGUAACAAGAUCAAGGUCGAAGGCAACAAAGCCGUCGUCGACAAGAUCAUCGCCGCCAUGCUCGACGUCGUUGCCACCCGUGAAGCGCAAACCACCACCGCCAUCGACGUCCCCACCGCCCAGCACCGCACUCUUAUCGGCCGCGGCGGCGACGCCAAGAAGGCACUCGAAUCGCAAUUCCGCGUCGUUCUCGACAUCCCCGCACGCGACUCCGGCAAGACUGGAAUCAAGAUCUCUGGUCUCCCCGCCGAUGUGGCUGUCGCUGCUGAACACAUCGCCGAGCUGACGAAGCAGGACGAGGGCGAGACUAUCAUGGUUCCAAGGCAAUACCACCACGCUGCCGCUAACGGGGGCCAGCUCUUCCAUGUCCUCAAGCGCGAGCACGACGUCACUGUCGACCAUGCUGGGCAGAAGCUCCCCGCCAAACCAUCUACCAAGAAGGCCGCUAACGACGCACCGCUGCCGCUGAUCACCGACGCGCAGGAGGAGGGCGAGGACUCGCACACUUUCCACACCGUCGUUUGCACGCCUGUUGAGAUCGAGGGCGAGAUCCCGUGGGUUCUGCGCGGAGACGCAGAGGCGGUUGCCAAGGCCAAGGCUGCUGUUGCUGCAGCGAUCGAGCAGGCACAGGCGACUACUACGACUGGCUACCUGGGGCUUCCAGACCCAAGGCUGUACCGCUAUGUGAUUGGCCAGGGCGGACAGAAGGUCAAUGCUAUUAGGAAGCAGUCCGGGUGCACUAUUGAUGUUCCGAAGAGCGGGGAGGGGAGGGGGGCGAUUGAGAUUUGUGGGAGUGAGGAGGGGGUGCAGAUCGCGAAGGAGUUGAUUCUGAAGGCUGUGCAGGAGGGGUCUACGCAGUCGGUUAAUAGGCGCGGAUAGAGG